AUGGAGCCAGCUCUGAACAUCAAUGGUCUCAUUGAUUUUGCUGUACAGCUGCUAAAUGAACUGAGUGUUGUGGAAGCAGAAUUGCUGUUGAAAUCAUCAAACCUUGCAGGAAGUUACACAACGCGCCUGUGUCUGUACAUUGUAGCGGUGCUAAGACGAUACCACGCUUGCCUAAUUUUAAAUUAUGAACAGACAGCACAAGUUUUUGAAGGAUUGUGUGGUGUAGUAAAGCAUGUAGUCAAUCCCUCAGAAUGCUCCUCUCCAGAGAGAUGUAUUUUGGCUUAUCUGUAUGAUCUGUAUAUGUCAUGUAGCCAUAUAAGAAGUAAGUUUGGAGAUCUUUUCAGUAGUGCUUGUUCGAAGGUAAAGCAGACAAUAUACAGCAAUGUACAGCCAUCUAACUCUAAUGCACUGUGGGAUCCAGACUUCAUGGUGGACUUUAUAGAAAACCCAUCAGUGCACAAUAUUAAUCACUUAGUGCUGGGGAAGAUCCUCAGUGAGAAUGCUGCUAACCGCUACAGUUUUGUGUGCAACGUCCUCAUGAAUGUAUGUAUGGGCCACCAAGAUGCUGAGAGGAUCUAUGAUAUAUCGAACCUGUGUGCUGAACUUACAGCUUGCUGCACUGUGCUCAGCUCGGAAUGGUUGGGUGUACUUAAGGCUCUUUGCUGUUCUUCCAAUCAUGUGUGGGGAUUUAAUGACUUACUCUGCAGUGUGGAUGUUAGUGAUCUUUCAUUCCAUGACUCUCUGGCCACUUUUAUAGCUGUCCUAAUAGCAAGGCACUGCUUUCCACUUGAGGAUGUGGUUCAGCAUGUCGCUCUCCCCUCCCUCCUUGCAGCAGCUUGCGGUGAUCCUGAUGCUGAGCCUGGAGCUAGAAUGACAUGCCGCCUCCUGCUCCAUCUACUAAAAACACCACAGUUUAGCCCAAUGGGGACAACAAAUGGAAAGCUAGCACCUGUUGUAUUUUCCUCCUGUGACAGACAUCUUUUGGCAGCUGCUCAUAACAGCAUUGAAGUGGGAGCCGUGUUUGCUGUCCUCAAAGCUAUUCUCAUGCUAGGAGAUGCUGCAAUCGGCAGUAAUAAUAUUAACUCAUCAAAGCACAAUAAAGUCACCACAAGUGAAGGGAUUGAAGGGAAUACAGAAACAUCCUUGCAAUCCUCUGGAAAACCAUUCAUCACAGAGACAGCAAGUUUAAGUGAAUAUGCAAAAUAUGUUCUAAGGACAAUUUGCCAACAGGAGUGGGUUGGAGAUCAUUGUUUGAAGGAACCAGAGAGGCUGUGCAUGGAUAAAGAUCUUAUUUUGGAUCCCGUUCUCUCUAAUAAGCAAGCAAGCAAACUACUACAAUUAAUAUGUUAUCCUCAUGAGAUAAGAGAGUCACUAGAAGGGGAAAACAUUCAGCAGCUUCACAUUAAGAGAAUCCUACAGAAUCUUGAACAGUGGACACUCAGGCAGUCAUGGUUGGAGAUCCAGCUGAUGAUCAAGCAAUGCAUGAAGAAUGAGAUGAAUACACUUUUGGAUAAUAUUGCAAAAGCAACAAUAGAAGUGUUCCAGCAGUCUGCUGAGCUAAACAGCAGUUUGAAUACCCCUGGCAAUGGUCUCUUUAGUGCUAACUGUGCAGGACAUGGGUUUAGCUCAUCUGAAAGGAGAGGUGUCUGGCUUGUGGCACCUCUGAUUGCUAAAUUGCCCACUUCGGUGCAAGGCAGAGUGCUAAAGGCAGCUGGAGAGGAACUGGAGAAAGGGCAGCAUCUGGGCUCAUCCUCCAAGAAAGAACGGGACAGGCAAAAAACAAAAAACAUGUCCCUGCUGAGUCAGCACCCAUUCCUAUCACUGGUACUCACCUGCUUAAAGGGACAGGAUGAGCAGAGAGAAGGUCUUCUCACAUCACUGCAAAAUCAGCUGAAUCAGAUUUUGAGUAACUGGAGAGAGGAGAAAUACCAAGAUGAUGUGAAAGCUCGCCAGAUGAUGCAUGAGGCUCUUCAAUUACGUCUGAAUUUGGUUGGAGGAAUGUUUGACACAGUACAGAGAAGCACACAGUGGACUGCAGACUGGGCUGUUUUACUUCUUCAGAUAAUUACAUCAGGCACAGUUGACAUGCAAACAAACAAUGAAUUAUUCACAACUGUUCUUGAUAUGCUGGGUGUCUUAAUAAAUGGAACCCUUGCCUCUGAUCUUUCCAACGUGUCUCAAGGAAGUUCAGAAGAAAACAAAAGAGCUUACAUGAACUUAGUGAAGAAACUAAAGAAAGAACUAGGUGAUAAGCGAUCAGAGAGUAUUGAUAAAGUCCGCCAGCUUCUGCCUUUGCCAAAACAGACUUGUGAUGUCAUUACCUGUGAGCCCAUGGGGUCUCUGAUUGACACAAAAGGCAACAAAAUUGCAGGGUUUGACUCUAUUGAUAAGAAACAGGGCCUUCAAGUUUCAACCAAACAAAAGGUAUCUCCUUGGGACCUAUUUGAAGGUCACAAGAACCCAGCUCCUCUCUCAUGGGCCUGGUUUGGCACUGUUCGUGUGGACAGAAAAGCAAUCAAAUAUGAGGAACAACAUCACCUUCUUCUCAACCACACACAUCCAAAGCCCAAACCUCCUAGUUAUUACCUGGAGCCAUUGCCGCUUCCUCCAGAAGAAGAGGAAGAAGAAGAUGAACCCAGCACUUCGGUGUAUGCAGACCCAGAAGGAAAAACAACAGAUUUAUCUGAUCCUGGCAAAUUAGUAACUGAUGAAGAAAAAAAGUCCAAAAGCAGAAAGCGCAAAACCAAGUCCAACCCACGAACAGACGUAUGUUAUUGUUUAAUUCCUUGUGUGCAUCUAAUUGCUUGCAGGACUCUUGCAAGUUCUAGAGUGCUGACCACAGUUAUUUUUGUCACUGUUUACUUAAUUAAAUGCCUUUUUCAUGUCCUUUGA